AUGAGUGAUCACGACGUUGAAUUAAACAAUCUCCUCCAAGUCGCACAGGAAGUGGACACGGCCUUUGAUGACAUUCCGAUCAUUGACAUGACAAAUGCAACGAGUCAAGACCUAGGGCUCCGUCUCGCUCUUGCACAAGAGAUUAAGGAUGCUUGCAUGCGCGUGGGCUUCUUCUAUGUCAAGAACCACGGUAUUCCAGCAGCCUUGCCCGAGAAAGCGAUUCAAGAUGCUCUGCCAUUCUUCGCUCUGCCAGAGGAAGAAAAGAUGAAAUAUAACCUACACGCAACACCCAAUUUCAAAGGCUAUAAUGCUCUCCUCAGCGAGAACACAGAUCCCGCCGGUCGUGGCGACCUGAAUGAGGGCUAUAACCUUGGUUGGGAGGUACUAGAGGAGCACGACGGCUUAUCGCAUGAUACAGAAGGGCCAAUGGGCGGAAAGAACGUAUGGCCAGAAGGUGGCGAGGACAUGAAAGCCUUUCGCAGGUCGGCCCUCAUAUACUAUCAUGCAGCCGUAACGAGACCCGCUGCAAUCAUGCGCAUCUUGCAUUACCCACCACAAUCUGGUCCAGUGGAUGAUCGAAUUAUCGGAAUUGGGGCACAUACAGAUUACGAAGUCUUCACCAUCCUAUGGCAGCAGGACGAUAUUCCGGCGCUUCAGGUGCUCAAUAGUGCUGGCAAAUGGAUUCAUGCACUGCCUAUUCCAGGAACUCUGGUGGUCAACCUAGGAGAUCAGUUGGCCAGAUGGACCAAUGAUGUCUUCAAAUCGACUGUGCACCGCGCGAUCAAUCGUUCCGGAGUGCGACGUUAUUCCAUUCCGCUCUUCUUUGGAACAGAUUACGACGUCGUCAUUGAGGCGCUUCCGUCGUGCAUUUCGCCUACUCACCCUGCAAAAUAUGAGCCGGUCACUGCGGGAGACUACGUCAAGUCGCGGUUGGAUGCAACUUAUAUGGCCUCAAAGCCUUCUUUAUCAUGA